GGCGCCGCUGGAGAGCCCCCCCAGCACUGCGCCAAAGCCCCGCAGCGCGUCGGUGAGCGGCUCCAUCCCCAGGCAGGAAACGACAGGAUGUCGUCGGCGCAGGGCAGGGACAUAUCUGACUACCAUCUGAGCGUGGUGCGGAACCCCCCCGGCUGGGAGGCGGGGCUCUACGUGGCAGGCUUCCUCACCCUGCUCGGCCUGGUGGCGUUCAACCUGUGGAAGUUGUGGAAGUCCGGAACCUUCCCGGCGCCGUCGCCGUUCCCCAACUACGAUCACCGCUACCUGCAGGAGAAGUACGGCACGUCCUACUCUGAAGUGAGACAGAAGAGAGUUGCAGCCUCCAACCACAGGAGGGCGUCGACGAGUCGGAAGCCCAGUCUGCAGCUGGGCGACACCCCCGAUGGGCUGCGAGACCUGGGACCCCUGGAGCUCAUGAGCCGGGAGCUGGACCCACCCGGGGGAGGGGCGCUCAGCCGCUCGCUCUCCACCGAUUCGCUGAGCUCCAUCUCCUCUGUGGCCCACAACUUUGGUCACGAGUUCACUGUGGGCCAGUUGGAGGUGGUGCUGGAGUACGAAGCACGGGUGGGGACACUGUACCUGUCCCUACUGCAGGGGAAGGAUCUGCUUGAGCGCGAGGAGGAAGACCUGCCAUCCUGCUUCAUCCGCGUGACGCUGCUGCCCGACGAGCUGAGCGUGGGCGUCUCGAAGGUUCAAAGGAACGCCUUCACCGUGAUGUUUGAUGAGAAGUUCUCCACGCCGCUGGAUCCGGCUGCGCUUGAGGACAACAGCUUGCGCUUUGAGGCGUUCGGCAUUGAUGCUGACGAGAGGCAUAUCAGCGCUGGCGUGGCCGAGCUCAAGCUCUCAGACCUGGACCUCUCCAUCAGGCCCUUCAACGCCUGGCUCUACCUGCAGGACAUCAACAAGGCCGUGGACGCGGUCGGGGAGAUCCUGCUGUCCCUCAGCUAUCUGCCCACAGCUGAGCGCCUCACAGUGGUUGUGGCCAAAGCCAAGAAUCUGGUGUGGACCAAUGGCAAAACGACAGCAGACCCAUUUGUGAAGGUGUAUCUCCUCCAGGAUGGCAGAAAGAUUAGCAAAAAGAAAACCUCCAUCAAAAGGGACGACACCAAUCCCAUCUUCAAUGAAGCCAUGAUCUUCUCUGUGCCGGCCAUCGUGCUGCAGGACCUUUCGCUGAGGGUCACUGUGGCGGAGUACACCGAUGACGGCAGAGGGGACAACGUGGGUCAUGUGAUCAUUGGCCCGGAGGCCAGCGGCAUGGGCAUCACCCACUGGAACCAGAUGCUGGCCACGCUGAGGAAGCCGGUCUCCAUGUGGCAUCCACUGAGGCAAAACUAAUGACCCCCUGACCUCUGAACCCUGACCCCAGUCUCUCUGACAACAGUUGUAUUUCUGCAUGGUGCCUAACGUGUCACUAUUAUACCGCCUGGGGAUGAAGAAGUUAAAGCAAGGAGGUGAAGCAUCUUAUGCGAAGUUUGAGAGAAUUUACAUAAUGGGUGGGAGAGCUUAUUUUUUCAGGAAAAUACUCUUGUCUUUUGAAAUAUGUUGUAUGAUGCAUAUGAUAUUAGAUUAGACUACAGGCAUAUGCGGAGAUGAGUUUUAUAUCAAAUAUUUAACCGUACAAGUCGAGACACUGGCACUUUUGGGGCGUGCGUAUGUCUGAGACCACGUCUAAUAUCCUGUGCUUUUAAAAAUCCAGGUUCUCUAAUCCAGGUUUAUCUGAACUUCAGGCUGGCCAAGUCUCCAGAGACUCCCUCUGAAGAACCGCAACACACACACACAAAAAAUAAUGAGCGAUAUGUUUGAUAUUGUUUUUAAAAAGCUCUUACAUGCUUCCUUUUGACUUUGAUUUUUUUAAUGGUAAUCAUUGUUGUUAUACAGCGUACAGUAUCCCUCAAUUUACAAAAUUAAUCAGUUCCUGAAAACAAUGCAAAUAUCAAAACUUUGGAUCUUGAAACUCUAUUUUCCAUUAUUUCAAAUGGAGAAAAGUAAAAGUGCAUUCCAAGCCCAUCCAAAAACCCUCAGAAAAUGUUGCUAAACGCUGAACACUGUAAAACGCCGGUAUAACUAUCAACCCAUGAUUUCAGCACAAUAAAAACACAUUUACACACUUACUGCUCCGGGGUAAUUCACACUUUUAGUUAUAAUUGAUCAGUUCUUUGCAAGAUGAACAGUAAGUUAAGCAGAGAUCUACUGCGCACAUCAUGUUCAUUGUGAACAACUUUUUAAAACUGCACACUGCAGCUAAAAUGCACAUACAUACCAAAAAAAAAAGCAUCAGCUAAACUUUUUCUGCUAAUUAGUCUGUUGUUUCCACAAUCGUUCGAUUAUAUAACAUACCCAGUAUGGCUAACAGGCACUCCUGUGGAAAUUCAUACACAAACAUGCUAAUCACAGUACAUUACUGCACUUCUGCUUCCCUCAUGCGGCGUGGGGCUUUCAAAUUUUUUGGACGAGCUUCAGAUAGAUUUCGUUCUACUGAGUUUUUGGUUCAGUAAAUCAAAAACUCGGUAUCAAAAGCCAAGAGCCAUUAUGCCAAAAUUUUAGAUAAAGGCAGUUUGUAAAUCGAGGGAUGCCUACAGUUAGAACCCUUGUUUAUGACAUAGUUUUGAUUCCACUGUAUCUUUUAUACACUUGAAUUGAGACAGUGACUCGCGAAGCUGCUGGCCUUUGCCUCGGUCGCUCACUGAGGUCUGCCUGGGGAGACGGGGCCCGAGCGACACCAACCUCAUCGCUGCCAGAACUCACUUCAUUACUGAACUGAAUAACUUCAGCUUCAGGUGUAUAAUUCAUAUUAUAAUUCAUUGCAGAAUAAGAAACAGUCAUGGAUUUUCUGAACACUACACAAUGGGAAGGCAAUAAUAUCAUUUUAUUCAUGUACAAUAGGGUGCGAGUCAGUGCAUUAACUAAACGCAGUUUUUUUUUUCCUACCUCCUGCACUAUUUCAACUUAAGCCCCUUCACAACUUUUAUAUAUUCUCUCAUUUUACUUGUCAGCUGAAUUGUCCUUGUUGAAGAUGUAGCUAAAUAACUAUCUAUUGAGGACAAAAUAAGUUGCCUAUAUCUUAAUUAUUAGCUGUCACACACAA